ACGCGUAGUUGUCCUGUGGAACCUCUAGCUGUAAGUCUGCUGUGUCGGUAGCGUGUAUUGCUGUGUUCUCAUUGUCAAGAGCAGUAAGAUGGAUAGUGGGGAGGCUCCUGCUCAGCGGCCAGUCACCCUGGACAUCACUGUGGAGGAUGCAAACAAGGACGCUCCAGACCCUCCGCGGCCAACCUCCAGCCAGACCCCUUCCAGAGACAACGUCCUGCCCCAGGAAGAAAGCAUCGACCUGGGUGGGGAGUUUGCCACCCCUCAGGAAGACAGCAGCGCCACACCGUCAGAAAGCCUGAUGGACAAGCUCAGUGACCAGAUGAUGGAGAGUGUGAUGAUUUCUGAUUCACCCAAUAACAGUGAGGGGAAUGAUGUGGCCCCCAUUGACUCUUUGCUGGAUGGAGGGGAGGAGGAGGAGGAGAGUGCAGGUGAGACCUCAGGAGAUAAAGAAGAACAAAGUGAAACUGGACCGAAAACAACUGAGAUUAAAGUUUCAGUGGAGGAACAGGAGAAAGAUGGCUCUGAAGAGACUGUGGAAGAGGACACAAAGAAGCAGAUAGACACACAAGAGCAAGUCACAGCUAAUGUUUCAUCUCAAGGUGACACACAGAGUCCAUCUGAUCAUAAAAGUGAGGAACCAGCACCACAGGCAAUUAGAGGAACUAGCCCAAAAGACGCGCCUGUGCCAGUGUGCACCAUAUUCAGCCACGGCACCCAGCCGACGUCUCUGGUGCCUGAUGGCUUCCAGCCCACCCUCAUCAAGUCCCCCAGCUUUAGCAUGGGGAGCGGUGGGGGAAGCGAUGAGGCAGUGACCCCCAGCAAGUUGACAGCUCCCCUUGUGUGUCAGCCCAGCCCCAGCCUCAGUAAGUUUUUCACUGACAAUGGACAGACCAAUCCAGCCUCGGACUUCUUUGAUUCCUUUACCACCCCUUCCUCCUUCAUCUCUGUUUCCAACCCCAACGCAGAGGUCCCUCCUGGCGCCAGUUCUACACCCAUAGCCCCUACCCCUGACCGCCAGCUGUCUUCCUCUUCCUCAUCUAUCUCCACCACUGGAGGGCCCUUGGACUCUUGUACUCCCACCGCUAGCCCAAUGUUUGGACCUGCUCCUACCGAAUCGACCACCAAGCCCCAACCUCCUCCACCUCAAAUAGUCCCAGCUCCAGCUCAAGCCCCCACCUCAGCCCCAGCCACUCAGCCACAGCCCUUCAACCAGCUCCAAGCCGUGUUCUCAGGCAACGAUGACCCGUUUGCCACAGCGCUGAGUCUGAGUGAGGUGGACAGGCGCCAUGAUGCCUGGCUGCCAUCUGAGGAGACCAGGAAGGUGCUGAUCUCUGUGGCCACCCAGCAGUACAGCCCAGCCUACGUAGAGACCAGCAGACUCACCAUGCCUGGGCUCAAAUUUGACAACCUGCAGGGUGACGCUGUGAAAGACCUAAUGCUUCGUUUCCUGGGAGAGCAGGCAGCCAUGAAGCGUCAAGUUCUCACCGCCAACUCUGUGGAGCAGUCCUUCACAGGCCUCAAACAGCUCGUCACCAGUAAGAACUGGCGGGCUGCUGUAGAUCUGACCGGCCGGCUGCUGACAGCUCAUGGUCAGGGAUACGGAAAGGCCGGCCAGCCCACAUCCCACACCACCGACUCACUGCAGCUCUGGUUUGUGCGACUGGCCCUUCUCAUCAAGCUGAACCUCUUCCAAAAUGCUGAGCUGGAGUUUGAACCCUUUGGCAACCUGGAUCAUCCAGACCUCUACUAUGAGUACUACCCCACUGUUUACCCUGGGAGGAGAGGCUCCUUGGUGCCGUUCUCCAUGCGGCUGCUGCAUGCCGAACUUCCCCAGUACCUGGCCAAGCCCCAGGAGGCUCUGGACCGCCUGCACAAUCUCAAAACCGUCUGCCUCGCUAUUCUGGAGAACUUGGAGAAAAGCUUGGCUGAGGAUGGCAGCAUGGUCACCCUAACACAGGAGAACAGGCAAGCGUCUCUUAAACUGUGGCAGUCUCGCCUCAGCCGGGUCAUGUACUCCAUGGCCAACUGUCUGCUGCUGAUGAAGGACUAUGUUCUGGCCGUGGAAACCUAUCACUCUAUCAUCCAGUAUGAACCUCAGCAGAGAGUGCAGCUGCUCAGUGGUAUAGGACGAAUCUUCUUGCAGAUUGGAGACGUUAAAACAGCAGAGAGAUACUUCCAGGAUGUGGAGAAAGCCUGCCAGAUGAAAGGGAGCCAGUCCAGUCACACCACAUGCAUGCUGAUGAACAGGGCCUUUGUCCACCUCAGUCAGAACAACUACGGUGAAGCACAUGCAUCCUUCACUGAAGUCUUAAAAAUUGACCCGAAAAACCCUGUUGCGAACAACAACGCAGCAGUGUGCCUGCUAUACCUGGGCCGUUUGAAGGAGUCCCUAGGCCAGCUGGAGGGUCUGGUGCAGCAGGACCCAGCGCUUUACCUCCACGAGAGUGUCCUCUUCAACCUGACCACCAUGUACGAGCUGGAGUCCUCUCGCAGCACCCAAAAGAAGCAGGCUCUGCUGGAGGCCGUGUCCUGUCGGGAGGGGGACAGUUUCAACACACAGUGUCUCAAACUGGUCUAAGAGGCUGGAGGUUGGACCAGGCGAGGACACACACUACUGCAUUCUCCUCCACUGUGACAGAGAGUAAAGGGCAGAAUCCACCUAAAAACACCUUUAAGCUCACUAAUUCUCAAGUUAGAAAUUGUUUGUUUAAUGUGUACUAAAGCAAACGUGAAAGGUUGCAGAUUUACAGGAGGUUAUGCACUAGGCUGUCUCUUAACCAGGGCCAGUGUUGGUUCAGAGGUUGCCAAGCAACAAGCAGAGACUCAGUGAAGUCACUGCAACCAGUUCAAAAAAUGGGAGACUGAGGGGCGUCUACGGCCUGCAAGGUGAGAGUCAUAUGACCAGCGUGGGUUGUUAUGGUUAACGAACCAAUCACCACUUCCUAAUCUGUUAGCAUGUUUGCCGCUGACCGUGUGAGCCGUCGUCAUAAUGUUGUGUUUUAGACCAUAUUGGCUGAGGCUUUGACCAUGUUUUACACAUUUUUAUGGUGUAACGGAUGUGUUACAAUAAGUUGAGUUUUGUUUUUUUUGUUUUUUUGGUCUGUCUACUACAUUUUACUAUUUCCUAUUCAUUAUCUGUUGUCCACAACCGCACAUUAUGAACAGAACAGAUGCCACACACAUACACAAACCUUUUUAAAAUCUUAUUAACCAGAAGUUCACAUGAUAUUUCAUUAAGGGAUUCACUCAUUUUAGCCUCUUAUAUUACAAGUGGACAUUUUAGCAAAGCUCCCAAAAACUAGCCCUCUGACUCCUUUGACUGUCUGCAUCGGCCGAGUGACGCCUACCUUGCAGGUCGUGUCCCCCCUGAAGACGCCCCCCCCCCCCCCCCCUCGAGAAAUGGUCCAUCACUUGACACGGGCAUUAUCCUGAGCUUCAUUGUGCUUUAAGACUAAUAAAUGUCCACUGAGGUCCUGUCCAACGUUCCUUCGUCAGCAGACGCAUUAACAGUCAAAAGACCACUCUGUUUCAGCUGCAUGUUUUUGAAAGGCUGCUCAGCUCAUGCAGUGAAUACAUACGUCCUUCAGAUUGCAUUGUAACCUGUCCUCUAAAUAAAAGAUCAUGGAAAAUAUUAGAAAUCCAGAAAUUGUGCACAGGGAAGUUAGAUUUUUUUUUCUUUAAAUUAUUAUAUAAAAAUAAUUGUUUUGUUAAAUCUUUUAUUGAUUUGACCUGGUUGAUCUUUAAUUAUCAGUGUUUACAUAUUGUGUUGAUCAUAGUUAUGUAUAUAUCAAAAAAAAAAAAAAAAAGGUGUCAGGUUUUACGUUGAAUAAAGCUUUUCUUUUAAAUCAACUUGCAUGGU